GAGCCCAUGUCAGGGCCUGGCCAGCGGAGAGCUUCUGCGCAUGCGCACCGGAGCAGCGCUAAUGGCGGAGAGCGUGCGGUCGCCGUUCGAUUACCGGGAUCCCCCGACCCUCGACAGCGACGGGGACGGCAGCAAGCCUCCGCCACCGCGCGGGCGUGUGUGUGGCAGGAAGAGGAAGGGGACGCCGGUGAAAGUGUGUGAACGGGUCGCGUAUGUGACGGAGGAUGAAGAGGAGAGUCUGUCUGAACACAGUUACAGCCCAGGGGACGAGCCGUACGCAGAGGGAGCAGAAGACCGCCUUCCCCCGCCGGGGAGCCCGUACUUCCUCACCGACCCGUCACAGCUCUGUGUUCCUGAGCUCGGGGAAGAGGGAGCGAGUGGUGUUCGAGGUCCUGUGCUCUUCCACCCGCCGGCCAACUGCAGGAUCAGAGAGGUGCAUUGUGGGAAUCAGGUCCGGCUUGUCGUCAUAGCGAUUCGAGACAUUGCCAAAGGUGAGGAGAUCACAGUGGACUACAGCCUGAACGACUGGGGGGAGAACGCCUUGGGUUUUCACAGCUCAGUGUCUCCACGCGGCUUUGAGUGUGGAUUCAACCCAGAGGGAGACAUCAAGAAGGAGGAGGAUCCCGGUUCCCUCCCUCUCUCUCUCAAUGUUUCUGACUACCUCACUCCCUCAUGGUCUCUGUCUCCCUCCUCCUCUCCGGCGUCCCACUCCGAACCCAGCGACUCCGACCGCGAGGAUGAAGAAGAAGAGGAGGAAGAGGAAGACGAUGAUGACGACGACGACGAUGAAGAGCUAGAGGAGCUGAGGGGCCGAAUGAUGAGGCGGCGCAAGAAAAGGAAAACCUCAGCCAGUGUGAAGAAAAAGACUCAGCCCCGCCCCCUUUCGUUCGCUAGCCCCGCCCCUUCCUCCACCUCCCCCUUCCAGCAGCCUCUAGCCCCGCCGACCACCAACAUAAACAAUAACAUAAACAUAAACAUCGGGCACGGCGCGAGUCGCAGACACUGUCCGUACUGUGGACGCCACUUCCGCUCGCUCGCACGGCACCUGGAGAAACACCACGAUCAGCAGCCCGAGGUUCGAGCCGCCAUGGAGCUAUCGCUACUCCCCGCUAACGCUACGCCCGCCGACUCCUUCCUCUCUCCCGCUCAACCCUCGUCGUCCUCGCUGGGAACGCCACUGUUUUCCCGAGAGCAAGAGCCUUUGUCUUCGCCAUCUAAACCUGGAGCCGUCUCCUUCUCGCUCUCGGUGUCUCCGCCUCCGAAUGCCUCGAAGAAGACGAACGCGACGCCCACGCCCACUAGGAAGGGCGUUAGCAAGAGCGUCAGCAAGAGCGCUGUAACGCGCACGCCUCCCGCCAGGAGGGGGCGUCCGCCGAAGAGAGAGAAGGAUCUGCAGCAGAAGAAACAGGAGGAGAUGACCAAAGAGGAGGCGCAGCCCACGCCUGGAAAGGAGGAGGAGGAGGAGAACGAGUUGCACGUGAGAGGAGACGGAGAAGAGAAGAACGGUGAAAUGACGAGCUCGCAGCGCUCACACAUGCCUCCUCUGCUGUCGUCUCUGUCCACGCUGGUCAUGUUCCUGCGCCGACAGCAGCACUCCUCCUUCCUCACGCUGUCCCGGGCCUCGGGCUCGGCGGAGGCCUGGCGUCUGCUCUGCCACUCCAGCCUAGCUCUGCUAAUCCUCUACAACCGGCACCGCGAGUGCGAGGUGGCCAAGCUCACCAUCCAGGACUACCGGGACCGAAACUCAGUCCUCCCGUCGGACGAGUCUCUUUCCCCUUUCGAGCGGCACGUGCUCUGCCACCUCACUCGCGUGGGCGUUUUAGGCAAGCGUGGUCGCGUUCAGCCGCUAAUCCUUCCUCCGCAUUCAGAAGCGUGUCUGGAUCUUCUCUUAAAGACGUCAGGAGAUGUAGGAGUCGAUCCUGAGAGCCCGUACGUGUUUUCCCGGCCGUAUCACUCGCCGGCUACGCCACUCCGCGGCACCGACCUUCUCCGGAGCCUAGCGCGCACUAGCGGCGCUAAAAACCCCACGACGCUAACCGCGCCCCGCGCCCGCCGCCAGGUGGCCAUCCUUACCCAACUCCUGCUGCUCGAGGAGGGAGAAAAGGCCUCAGGCGCUGCUACCAAGCGAUUGGAGGAUUUCCUGCAGAGGGAGUACCAUGUGACCCAGAGCUGCGCUCGGAUUGGUCAGGACCCGGCGCUGAUGAACCGUGUGGGGCGAGUGGUGUUGUACGGGGAGCGCGAGGGGGUUCUGUUCAGAGGGAUGAGUCUGCAGCACAUCUGCCUCGAGCUGGACGUGAUGUCGGGAAACUCUGCCGACUCGUUCUCGGAGGAUUCGGAUGGGGAAGGCAAUGGGAAUAAGGAGAGAGCUGUCGUUGUAAAGAAGAGAGUAGCCAGUACUCGAGCGCCGCGGCAGAAGAAGGGACCUAGCCCGCGCGUGACACAGGCCACGCCCUCUCCGUCAGCUGGGCUCAAGAGGCGGAGCUCACAGGUCAAAUCAGGCAAGCGCGGCGUCCUGAAGCGGCCCUGGUCGGAGGCGGAGCGUGUUGCCGUGGAGACGCACCUGAAGCGCAACAUCGUGGAUCUGCGUGUUCCUGCGAAGGCGGACUGUGAGCGGUGUCUGCAACUCUGCCCUCUGCUGGCCAGCAACCAGCGCGACUGGAGGGCCAUCAAGUUCUACUGUCACAACCGCAUACAGUUACUGAGGAAACAGGGGCGCCGGGACGGGAACACGCAGUAGCACACACACACACACACACACACACACAACCGCAUACAGUUACUGAGGAAACAGGGGCGCCGGGACGGGAACACGCAGUAGCACACACACACACAACCGCAUACAGUUACUGAGGAAACAGGGGCGCCGGGACGGGAACACGCAGUAGCACACACACACACACACACACACACACACACACACACACAACCGCUUACAGUUACUGAGGAAACAGGGGCGCCGGGACGGGAACACGCAGUAGCACACACACACACACACACACACACACACACACAACCGCAUACAGUUACUGAGGAAACAGGGGCGCCGGGACGGGAACACGCAGUAGCACACACACACACACACACACACAACCGCAUACAGUUACUGAGGAAACAGGGGCGCCGGGACGGGAACACGCAGUAGCACACACACACACACACACACACAACCGCAUACAGUUACUGAGGAAACAGGGGCGCCGGGACGGGAACACGCAGUAGCACACACACACACACACACACACACACACACACACACACACACACACACACACACACACACACACACACACACACACACACACACAACCGCAUACAGUUACUGAGGAAACAGGGGCGCCGGGACGGGAACACGCAGUAGCACACACACACACACACACACACACACACACACACACACACAACCGCAUACAGUUACUGAGGAAACAGGGGCGCCGGGACGGGAACACGCAGUAGCACACACACACACACACACACA